GCAACAAGUUGAAUGUUUGUCGGAGCUGCACUUGUGUUGGGAGCAGAGCUCUGCGCGCGGACUCACACAACGACAGAUUGGGAAAUCCUACCUAUCGUGAAGGCUUUGGUUGUAGUUUACCCAGGUGUGGCGGUGCAUGUGUGGGGGAAGGAGAAGCUCGGUAGCCCUCACUCCAGGGGCAUUGGCCUGUAAAAAUGUCUCAUAACCCUGGAACCAUGACAGCUAUCUCUUAUUCAGACUGUGUUGGGAGUCUUCGGUGCAAAAUUAAGAUUCCUGAGCAUCCCCCUGCCUGCAGGAAGGGCCCUCAAAAUCUGAAGUUCUAAAAAAAAAAUUGGAAGUAUGGACUUCAUGAACAAUCAUGAACGUUGUUCGGUCGAACGCCCGAGGAGGACAGAGGAGAAGAAAGGAAGUGAGGGGAGAAACACUCGAAGGAAUCCACAAACACUGGGCAGAGGAGUCAGCAGUGAAGGAAAAGAUCCAAAAAGAUGGAAAGAUGGGGUGAACAGAAGAGACCAGAAAGAGUCAAAUCGUGCUGAGACGUUACUGGUCGAAAAAACGGAAGGCCAGAUCAUGCAAAGAGACGAAAACAUCCAGAAGAAAAAGCUCUGGAUUGUAUUUAUGUGGUCUAUAAUCCAGAAAAACAGCAGCGAAGGAAAGAUGAAGAGCCAAACGAAUAUUAUUGGCCAAACGUGGCGUUACAUCUUCCUCUGUCUUGUCUUUGCAAGCCUCUGUCCAAACCUUGCUUCAUCCCAGGGACACUUUCCACGAAUGGAGAAUAUUGCAGCUUUCAAGCCUGUGUUCACCUCGCCGCCUCGUUCCACCUGUGGCGUUCCUGAGCGGAGCAGCUACUGCCAGUCACCUUCCUCUCAGGCUGAGCUGCUGACAUGUUUUCAAGCUGUUUGUGUCCAGGAAUGUCCCUAUAGAUCGUCCACACCACCGAAUGCCCCGCUCCUGUUGGCAGCGCACAGGGGUAACUGUGUAACAGAAGACACCGUUGACACCCGUCCUGGGACUCGGACAGAAACUGGAAGCACAACAAGUUCAGAUGAGGUUUCUGUUGGAUCUGGCAGUGUGCUGUUUCAACCAGGCAAAGAUGGCUGUGUGAUCACUCCUCCUUCUCAGGCUCUAGGAGCACAGAGUUCCCUCACCUUGGCACUGUGGAUUAAACCAAGCUCUUCUGAAGAGAUGAUGCUGUUGGAAAAGAGCUCAGAGAAGCAGCUGUUUUUUUGUUUGAUGGUGUCAUUGAAGGCUGUGACCUUGCGUUAUAGUCAGCCCAACAGUGAAACUCAGACCAUCACCUUCAGGACAGAGGGCCGACUGCCACUGGAUGGGUGGACUCAUCUUACUUUGCAGAUAUAUGACCGACAUGCAAGUCUUUUCUUGGAUGGCCUUGAGGAGGAUGGGACACCAUUUGACACACAAAUUCUGACUAAUUCACUCUCUAUCAGUGAGCCUGGUGCCAUGUGGGUGGGACUCAGCUCCAAUGGGUCUAAUCAGUUCAUUGGGCGACUGCAGGACUUUAGAUUUUAUCCAGCCACUUUGACCAACAGGUAUUCUAUGUUAUAGUUCAGUUCGCGGGUCUCUUGCCUGAGUCUGUUUUGAUCCAAAGGAGGAAGCUAGUCUUCUCAGAGCCUGAAAGCACCAUGAACAUGGAACAGUUCUGGUUGGAUUGGCAGUAUAUGGCCAGAAACUGCAGUGUGUUUGACAUGCAGAACAAUGGACCAUUACCAAGACCAGACUCUGUGAACUGUCUGCAAUUGCCCAGCGAUGAGCCGUUUUCAGAAGGCAACAUCACCUUCAGUCUGCUGACCACACAUCCUGUUCUGAGGCCGGGAUUUAAUGACUUCUACAAAACUCCAGCCUUGCAAGAGAUGGUACAAGCUGCCCAAGUCCGAAUACAAAUGAGAGGACAGUACCACACAAACACAAACGGGGUUAAUCAGCAACACCGAUACUUUGCUGUAAAAGAGAUCACCAUCAGUGGCAGAUGUGAGUGUCACGGCCAUGCAGACCACUGUGACACCAGUGUGACACCAUACCGCUGUUUGUGUCUACCAGAGAGCCACACAGUUGGAAACAACUGCCAGCGUUGUGCUCCCCUCUACAAUGACAAACCAUUCAGGUCAGGUGACCAACUCCAGCCAAUGAACUGCCGACCUUGUCAGUGUCAUGGCCACGCCUUGACUUGUCAUUAUGACAUCCUAGCUGAUGACCAACCAGAUGAGCACUAUCAAGGUGGAGGAGGAGUCUGUGACCACUGCAUGCACAACACCACAGGAAAGAACUGUGAGCAAUGUCUAAGUGGCUUCUUCAGGCUGGAAGGCUUUGAUCCAACUUCAGCUGAUGUGUGUCAACCUUGUAAUUGCAACACUGCUGGAACAGUCAAUGGCAGCAGAGUGUGCACCAAGGUUGGUGGUCAGUGUCCGUGUAAGGAUGCAGUAACAGGCCGUCGGUGCUCAGACUGUUUGCCUGGUUGGUUUGGUCUCAGUGCGUCAAAUCCAAAUGGCUGCAUGCCCUGCAAUUGUAGUGAUCUGGGUGUCAUCAAGACCUCAACAGGAGCCGUUUCCAGCUGCAACCAGCACACUGGACAGUGUCACUGUAAACCACAUGUAACAGGUCUGUCGUGUGACCGCUGUGAGUUCGGUUAUUGGAACCUUUCCCACCCAGAAGACUGCAUCCCAUGUGACUGUGACCCCUUGGGUUCCCUCAGCUCAUUUUGUGAGCCUGAGGGGGGCCAGUGUGAGUGUAUACCCGGGGUGGGGGGCCGACAGUGUGACUCUUGUGGCAGCAGCUUGUACGGUUUAGGACUCGAGGGAUCCUGUGCGCCUUGUAACUGCUCACAUGACGGGACAGUACCAGGGACAGACUGCGAUACAUACACAGGCCAGUGUGUGUGCAAGGAACAUGUGGAGGGCCGUGGCUGUGACUCCUGUCGUCUUGGUUAUCACACCCUGGAGCGCCGUAACUCCCUGGGCUGCCUGCCGUGUCUGUGCGACAUUAGUGGAACCGUGCCAGGGGGGGUGUGUGAUAUGUGGACUGGACAAUGCCCAUGCAAGGAGGGGGUGGAGGGUGUACACUGUACCAGCUGUCUUCAAAACUACUAUAAUGGAAGUUUAGACCCCGAGAAUGGUUUGUCUCAGGGUUGUGUACCAUGUAUCUGCGACCCCAGGGGAACAGUGACGGGGUCAGUGUGUGACAGUACCACAGGGCAAUGUGUUUGUGUCCCAACACGCCAUGGAAAGGACUGCAGUAGCUGCCGACCUGGGUUCUACCUCUCUGCAGAUGGCAGCAUGUGUUUGGAGUGUGACUGCCAUCCUAUAGGUGCAUUACAGCGUAGCUGUGAGAGCCAAACAGGACAGUGUGUGUGUGCCCAUUCCUCAGUUGGAGGGCGGAGUUGUGACCAGUGCCUUGAGAUGUUUUUUGGAUUUAACCCUGGUCUAGGCAUAUGCCAGCCUUGUGCCUGUCACCCAGUAGGUAGUGCCAGUGGUUUGUGUCAUCCAGACACAGGGAAAUGUGUGUGUAAGCUGCUGGCAACUGGAGACAAAUGUGAUUCUUGUCAGCCUGGAGCUAGUCAUUUUGAUCUUGAAAACCCAUUUGGCUGCAGUAAAGCACCCUCCCAGCAACCUGCACCAUUAGGUUUUGCUUUAAGUUACUCCUCCAUCAAUCUCUCUUGGAAUCCACCUGACUCCCCAAACUCUCAUAAACUCAACUACACACUCAUCAGAGAUGGACAGUCAGUGCAUACCAUCCAUAGUCACUAUCCAUUUGGCCCUGAAUCCUUCGAAGACCAUGAACUGUUUCCUUUUACCAACUAUUCUUACUGGCUUAUAACAGCUAAUGUAGCUGGUGAGACAAUAAGUGCUUCAGCUUCAUACCAAACUCUAGGUGCACCACCUCCAACAGAUCAACUUGGUUUAAACCUCCUGGGACGGCCAGGACCGACCAGUGCCAGCUUUAACUGGAGCACACCAAGAAAUGACACGGGCCCAGUUGAGAGGUUUGUGUUAUCCUCCAUGGAGUCAUCUCAUGAAUCAGAGCCAGUCAUUCACUACACUGGCUUAUCUACAGAGGCUGUUGCUAGCAGUCUGAGCCCCUUUACUCAGUACACUGCAACACUGGAGGCAUGCUCUUCUGGGGGUUGCUCUUGUGGCCCACCAUUGUCUUUUCUGACAGCUGCUGCUCCUCCACAAAACCAACCUCCUCCUCAAAUCACUGCUACUGGACCUCAUACCCUGCAUGUUUCUUGGGAACCCCCCAAGCAGCCAAAUGGAGUUAUCACGAGGUAUCAAGUAUUUCUUCGUGGGCCGAUGGAAACACUAAACCCAACAAGUUUAAUGGAUCAAAAGAAAGUGUUCAACAGCAUGGGUUGGCUGGAUCUGAGUGUUGAUGCAGAUGGAAAACAAACCAACAGUACACAGGCUCCCCCCAAAAACAGUACAGUUGUAGAGGGUCUGCAGGCAUUUUCAACCUACCAGCUUAGAGUUGUGAGCAUCAAUGGUGCAGGAAGUGUCUCAUCAGAGUGGACCACAGCUCACACACUGGAGGGAGCACCAAGGGGAUUGUCCUCACCGCGAUUAGAUCCCAUUAACGAAACCACCAUUCAAAUAGAGUGGGACCCACCAACCCAACUUAAUGGACCAUAUCCAAUAUAUCAGGUGGAGAGAAUAGACAUUUCCCUCUCUGACCCAAAUGAACCAGUUGUCAGGGGAACCAGAUUUCCAGGGCAAGGUUACUACGAGUUUCCCAGUAACACUCUUCCUAGCAAUACUGAUUUUACAGCUCCAGGAGGUGUCUUUCCUCCUUCAGCAGUUUCAUCAUCCACAGCUCUGUUUGUAACCUGGGAACCACCAGGAAGGCCCAAUGGAGUUAUUACAGAGUUCCUCCUUUUUCACAACAACAAACUGGCGUACAGAGGAAGAAACAGACAACACAACAUCACUGGUCUUGAUGUGUACUCCACCCACUUCCUGGCACUGAGUGCCUGCACUUUAGUGGGUUGCACCAACAGUUCACAAGUUACAGCUCUGACCUCUCAGCUUCCUCCUGGACCCCUGCAUGCACCCACUCUUACUUUGCUGGACUCUCGGACUAUAUUUGUGGAGUGGUCACGUCCUUCUCAGAUAAAUGGCGUUUUGGAGUUCUACUCCGUCUUCCUGUCACAUGAUGGUGCAGAACCUGUGCUAGCCUAUAACAGCUCAGAAGUUUUGGAAGAACUCACGCUCCGCAACCUGACCCCUGGAACUUCUUACACCAUCAGAGUGGCUGCAUGCACAGGAGGUGGGUGCACGUUAAGCCCCCCAAGCCAGGUUCAGACUGAGGAGAGCACACCAGAGAACGUUCCUGCACCGCUGGUCAUCCCUUUGUCCCCACAUGCACUUAACAUCAGCUGGACUUGUCCUGACACUCCAAAUGGUGUAAUAACUAGUUAUGGCCUCUGGCUGGAUGGAGUCCUUAUUUUAAACUCCAGUUCCUCCCAGAGGUUUUUUGUGGUGGAGGGACUUUCUCCAUGGAGCGAACAUGUAAUCAGGCUGCAGGCCUGUACAGCACGAGGCUGUGGCAAAGGACCAAUGGUGGAGAUGCACACAUUAGAGAUGGCCCCUGAAGGCCCUAUGCUGCUGGAGCUGACCAAUCAGAGCUCUAGGUCUGUGCGAGCCCGCUGGACAGCCCCUCCUAGAGCAAACGGGAACCUCAGCUACACACUGUACUACAGAAGCGAAGCUGGUGAUGGUGUGUUGGAUGGAGGAAGAGCAUCGGGCACCUGGCUGUCUGUCACCAACCUACAACCUUACACAAACUACAGCUUCUGGAUCACAGGAUGUAACACACAAGGUUGUGUUGAGAGCCUGCCGUUUAAUGUUACAACACCUCCAGCAGCCCCAGAUGGUUUGUCACCUCCAACUUUAGCCCAUGCAACCAACACAAGUCUAAAUGUGUCCUGGUCUGCUCCUCUCAACCCCAAUGCACCAGGCCCACUUCAGUACAGCUUGCAAAUGAGAACAUCUCCACAGAGGCCUGUCAUAAGACUUUUGGAAAAUGCAACCAAGACCUUUUCCUACUAUGUAGAGAGUUUGUCUCCGUACACAAACUACCACUUCAGAGUGGUGGCGUCACACGCUCAUGGACAGACGAGUAGCUCCUGGGCAACCCUGUGCACUGCGGAGGACAGUCCAGGACCAGUAGACACCCCAACUGUGAGAGUGCUUCAUUCUCGAACUGCAUCAAUAACCUGGGCUCCUCCCUCACAUUCAAAUGGCAUUAUUACAAAUUACACCCUCUAUCUUCAUCCCCUCUAUCUUCAUCCUGACUUUAUAAUUUCUUCAGAUUACAAAUCUAGUUUAGUCAACAACUUGACCCUCAUCCACAACCGAGUCCCCAACCCUAGCACUUUGUUCAGUAAAGAGGGAGCACAUCUUGACUCAGAUUCCAACUUGAUAUCAUUUAAUCUUUCCAACCUUCCCAACAACACAGGUUUUAGUAAUGCUUCAAGCACAAUUCAAGACACUGCACACAUAUUCCAGAACCAUGUCUCCACUUUGUGGCCUCGUACUGCAGAAGGCGGUCCAACUGAGUCAUCUCAUCAAACCAGCACAAGUCGAGACCACACUGCUGCACAUUUCUACCCAGCAGAGCUCAAUUCUACAAGUGGAAAUCCACACUUCUUGCUGUCAGCUGCCAAACUCGAUUCAAACAGCUACAAUCCUGAUCUUUUCAUGAAGCAAGAUCCCUUUGCCAGCCCCAUCUCCAGCUCUGUUGGUGCAGCUUCAAGAUCCACGCUCAUGUCAGCCACUGUUCCUGGGAAUAUCACCAGCUACACUUUCUUAAACCUCCUUCCUUACCAGAUAUACAGCUUCCAGGUGGAAGCAUGCACGAGUGUGGGCUGUUCAGUGUCUGAGAUGUCUCAGCAUUUUCAAACCCUUGCAGCUCCCCCUGAAGGGGUUCCCGCACCUCACCUGUACUCUGACACACCCACAUCUGUUCUCUUAUCCUGGGGGGCACCAGAACAAAGUAACGGACCACUAGAACGCUGGUUGAUAGAGCGCAGGCUUGCUGGGACCACACAAGUCUCAACAGUAGGGCAUCUCCUGCCAGAUCCUCCCCCUCUUUCCUUCCUGGACUCCUCAUCAGCCCUCAGUCCCUGGACUACUUACCAGUAUCGACUUGUGCUCCAGAAUCAGGCUGGAAAAGCUUCAGGGCCCUGGGUCAGUGUCACUACAAGGCCGUCUCGACCAGCUGGUCUGAGUCCACCUAAAGUAAAGGUCCUGGGACCAAAGUCACUUCAGGUCACAUGGUCACCUCCUCUGAUCCCCAACGGAGAGAUUUACGGAUAUGAGAUUUGGCUUCCAGAACCUCGCAUUUCUCAUGACACCACCAGCGCAUCUGAGCUUAAUGUCAUCGUAACAGACCUGGUUCCAUACACAAAUUACAGUGUCACUGUGUUGGCAUGUUCGAACGGUGGCGGACAUGUUGGGGGAUGCACGGAAAGCCUUCCAACUCCUGCUGCUACAUUACCCACAAAACCUGAAGGCCUUGGACCUCUGUCAGUAGUGGCAGUCAGUGAAUCUUUUUUAGCCAUCUCUUGGCAACCACCAAGCCUGCCCAACGGACCUAAUAUUAGAUACAAGUUGCUCAGACGUAAAACCCACCAGCCCCUAGCCGUUACCAUGGUCCCUGCAGCAACAGCCACCUCCUCACCCCCCUCUGAAGAUCUCCAUCACUGGCUCCAUGUUUACUCCGGCACCAAAUUGUUCUACCAAGAUAAAGGCCUAAGCAGAUUCACCCGUUACCAGUACCAGUUAGUGGUUUCUAAUGAUGUGGGCUACACUUCAGGGAGGAUUGCGACUGCAGUGACCAUGGCAGGGGUUCCCCUGAACCCACCGUCUUUGUCUGCACAUGCUGUCAAUCACACAGCUAUACAAGUCAACUGGACUCAACCUUCUUUAAAAGACUUGCAGGGAGAGGUGGAAACCUUCUUUCUCACAGUAGACUCUCCCCAGUCAAGUCAGAUGUUGUCUUUUAGACCUGAGAUCACAUCAACAGUGAUAAGUGACCUUUGGCCCUCUACUACAUAUCAGGUGUCAUUACAGGUGUUCAACGGAGCACAUAAUACAACUAAAACAACAGUUAAUAUCACCACAGCUGAUGGGGAGCCAGAAGGAAUGUCUUCUCCAGAAGUGGUCCCAGUAAACAGCAGCUCGGCCCGUGUCCUCUGGUUUCCUCCUCUUCGACCCAACGGAGCAAUCACUGGUUACAACAUCUACGUUAACAGUCGUUUUCAUGGCAGCAUAGACAACACCUCUGGCUCAUACCUGCUGGGGGAUUUACUCCCCUUUACAGUCUACAACAUACAAGUGGAAGUGUGUACCGUCUAUGCAUGUACUCAGAGUGAGGUUACAAAGACUACCACUGUGGAAGACCUACCAGCUGGAUUUGCUGUGCCACAUGUACAAGUAGUCAGUCCCAGGGCAGUGAGAUUAAAUUGGUCCCACCCAGACAAACCCAGCGGGAUCAUGCUGGGCUACGAGGUUUUAAGACGGACCCUCAGAUCAUGCAUGGAUGGGUCAACACUGGUAAAACCCUCUUCAGAGAAGAGUUCGGAAAGUGCAGGUGCUUUAAGGUUUAAAUGUCAUUACCUGCAGUGUCCAGUGGGUCACAGUGUGUGCGGCACAUCCUGCUUUCAUCCUGACAAACAGGUUUGCUGCAGUGGAUGGCUGUACACAAGAAAACCACAUCACCAUUGCUGCGAUGGCAGUUAUUGGAGUUUAAAUACUACUACCAACCCCACGUGCUGCAGUGGCAAACUUGUCCCAUCUCUCCCUGACCAUCAGUGCUGUGGAGGAUACUACGUUCCCAUAAAAACCCAUGAAUACUGCUGUCCUGACCACUCGCAGGGCCGGGUCUCGGUGGGGCCCGGUGACAGCUGCUGUGGGGGGGUUCCUUAUUCCAUGACAGGCGGCCAGCUUUGCUGCAGUGGGAGCCUGCAUGAUGGCUAUGGGGCCCAAUGCUGUGGAGGCCGGAUAGUGGAUGACAUCCUGGUGUGCUGUGGUGAUGCUACGAAGGGGGAGGUGCAUGAAUAUAAACCAGGCUUUGUGUGCUGUGGUCACGAGUACAUAAACUCUUCAAACUCUCUUUGCUGCAUUGACAAUGAAGGAUUUUCCACAAUACACCCUGCUGGCAACGCAACAGUGCUGCUGCAGUGCUGUGGGUCAAAGGUCAUACAUCAGGAAGAAGACUGCUGCAAUGGCAUAGGCUUUGACUCCCAACGAUAUGUUUGUGCUGACCGAUCUACACCUGGACUCUCAAUACAGCAUCAGUGUUUACAGGGUGCUGUGUGUCCCCUGGCUGCUGCAGCUACAGCUUACUGUGGCUCCUGUGACCUUGAUCCAUCUCUGACUGCCUGCACAUGGAUCCUGACUGCACACCAACACCCUGACACACAAUCCAUGACGCACAUUCCAUUCAUCCAAACCUCACAGGAAACUCUCACCGCUAGCCUGCCGACACACAUAAACGCAAGCAAUAACACCUACAGAACAGUGGACACAUAUGCUAAUACACAUAUGGAGGCUGCAGAGUUCAAGGGAAGUCUGUGUCCAUCACAUGAGGAGGUGGUAUUCAGAGGCGAUGCCAGUACUUACUCCUAUUUAGACUCUGAUCUGAAGCCCUACACUUCCUAUGAGUACAGAGUGAGGGGCUGGAACAGUUUUGGUCAGGGCUUCAGCGACGUUACCACUGUGACAACCAGCGAAGACAAACCAUGGGGGGUGGCCCCACCUCUCUGGAGUCAACUAGAGGAACGAAAUGAUGUCUUCCAGUUGCAAUGGCAAGCUCCUGCCAGACCAAAUGGACUGAUCACUCAUUAUGUCAUUCUGCGGGAUGGACAAGAGCGUUAUCGUGGAGAUGAAAAAACUUUUACUGAUGUUGGUGGGAUCUGGCCUUUUCAGGAAUACAUUUACCAUCUGAGGGCCUGUAAUCGAGCUGGUUGUACUGAUAGUUCAAAGGUGGUUGCAGUGACAGUUCAGGGGGUUCCAGAGGGCGUGCAGCCUCCAGAGGUAACAGCUGUAAGCCCCUUUUCUCUCCAUGUGAGCUGGUCUGAACCUUCUCAUCAAAACGGAGUCAUCCAGUGCUACCACCUGAACCAGACUGGUGUUGGGACUAUAUUCACACACACUGGUGGACUUAAGAAUUUUUCUGUGACAGGUCUGUUGCCGUUCACAGACUACAGUUUUGUGCUGGUCGCCUGUACGACUGUUGGAUGUGGAACCAGCAAACCUGCAACAGGACGCACCCUGCAAGCCUCACCUACUGGUGUGUGGUCGAGCCCGAGACACCUGAUCAUAAACACAUCAGUGGUGGAGCUGUACUGGGAUCAGCCAUCUCAGCCUAAUGGACUCAUCUUGCAAUACAGGCUUAUUAGAAAUGGUCUCACUGUUUUUACUGGAGACCAUCAAGACCUGAAUUUUACUGACACCAAACUCCUGCCAAAGCACAGAUAUACAUAUGAACUGGAAGCCAGUACAGCAGGUGGCACUGGUGUGAGUGACAAAUACACUAUAGAAACACCGGCAUCCUGCCCCACUGGGAUCCCACCUCCGCACAACAUGACAGUGUCAGGCCCUUACUCCAUCUCUCUUGCCUGGUCCCCUCCUGCUCAACUACACAGCAGCCAGAAUGUGAAGUACAAUGUCCUGUUAAAUCCAGGAAGCCCGAGUGCCAUAAUACAUCACGCUGGCCAAAACCUGCACCUCUCUGUGACAGGUCUAGACCCUUUCACUCUUUACUAUGUAAGAGUGCAAGCCUGUCAGAAUGAGGGCUGUGGAGUAGGAAAAGGUGUGUAUGUUCGCACUUUGGAGACUACACCAGAAGGUCUGCUGCCCCCUGAAGUAACAGCAGUUGGGCCUAAUAUCUUGGAGAUUCACUGGUCAGCCCCCAAAAAACCAAAUGGACUCAUCACCUCCUACCACGUGUACAGGCGUCCAUUAGGAACAGAAGAGGAGCUGCUGGUUUUUAUCUGGUCCAGUGGCCCACUUGAAUUUGUUGAUGCAAGCCCCGACCUACGACCCUUCAGCUUCUUCCAGUACAAGAUUCGUGCCUUCAACUCCAAAGGCUCAGUUCUGAGUCAGUGGACUUUAGCUCAAACAUUACAGGGAAAACCACAAAACAUGGCCCCUCCUGUGGUAACACCUUCUGGUGCAUAUUCAGUCCACCUUAAAUGGAAUGAACCAGGCCAGCCCAAUGGUCUCAUUUCCCAUUAUAGACUGGUUUACAUGAAGCACCAACAGGACCCGACUCUCAGCACAGCUACAGUGACUGCUCUCACUGUAGAGGGUUCAGUUCUCGAGGCAACAGUCUACGGCCUUGAACCGUACAGUCUGUAUAGUCUGCAUGUGGAAGCUGUUAAUGGGGCAGGUAGCAUUUCCAGUCCAAGGGUGGACAUCAGAACCCUGGAGGCUUCUCCAGCUGGCCUGCCCAACUUCACAGUGGAGCAACGAGAGCAGGGCAGGGCCUUGCUGCUAAGCUGGGACCAGCCACUUGUUCCAAGUGGAGUUAUUACGGUGUACAACUUGUACAGCGAGGGCAACUUGGAGUUUAGCGGGUUAUCUCGCAGUUUUCUGUUCCGUCGUUUGGAGCCGUGGACCAUUUAUUCUCUGUCACUUGAAGCUUGUACCUCAGCAGGCUGCACGCGCAGCCCUCCUCAGCACAUCGCCACAGCAGCAGCUCCACCUGCUUCUCAGCUCCCCCCACGGCUCCUUUUCAUCGGCCCUGACCACGCGUCGCUGACUUGGAGCCCCCCCUCCCAGCCCAAUGGACCAAUCGGAGAGUAUUCCUUACGUGGGAGAAGUCUGGAGGAGAAAGGGAGGUUGCGCAGUAAUGAAGAGGAAGCUGAAGAAGGGAAAGUGCUGUUCAAAAAACCAUUCCCAGCGCAGAAUGAAAGCUACUUCUACACAGUGACUGGUUUGCGUCCCUGGACCCAGUACGAGUUCAGCGUCUGUGCUCACAACCCAGCUGGACAGACCUGCAGCCCCUGGGAAACCAUAACAACCAGACAAGCCCCUCCUCGCGGCCUAGCGUCUCCAAAAGUGACUCACAUUCAAGGUCGGCCCAGUGAGGUGAUGGUGUCCUGGGCUCCUCCGUUAGAGCCUAAUGGGGUCCUACAGUCCUACAGGAUUCAAAGAAACAACAUCAGUUUUUCUUUCAGUUUUGACCCGACAGUCCACACCUACACAGAUGAAGACCUGCAGCCAUUUUCAACAUAUGGAUACUCAGUAAUAGCCUGCACAUCUGAGGGGUGUAUCAUCAGUCCGCAGACAAACAUCACAACACUUGAGGCCCCACCUGCGACGGUGGAAGCUCCCACAAUGAACACCAUAACAUCUGAUAGUAUUAACAUAUCAUGGAGGAAACCACUGGUGCAGAACGGAGACGUGACAGAAUAUGUGCUGAAACUCAACAACAAGGAGGCUUAUCGGGGGAGAGACCUCGGUGUUGUGUUGUCAUAUCUGCAGCCGCACACGUCAUACCAGCUGGUUCUGUUAGCCUGCACCCGAGGUGGCUGCACGACCAGCGACACAGUGACUGUAGAAACUAAGGAGGCUCCUCCAACGGACCUGGACCCUCCAGCUCUAAAGGUUACUGGCCCAGAGUCAGUGGAGAUCAGCUGGGGACCACCAAAACACCCUAAUGGCAUCAUCACUGGGUAUGAGCUCCGCAGAGAUGGUAAACUUAUUUACUUUGGCACAAAGACCCAUUACCAUGACUUCACCCUUCUGCCAAGCAUGGAAUACAGCUUUGUUGUCAUUGCCAACAACAGCCGAGGGGCUGUGAGCAGCAAGGUAGCCACAGCAAAAACUCACCCAUCAGCUCCUUCUGGUGUGGGUCUCCCCUCACUAAAGCCACUGGAGGCAGGCCAGGUGAAAGUGGAGUGGCAGACCCCAGCCCGACCUAAUGGAGACAUUGUGGGAUACAAUGUGUAUUUAAGAGAUCCAGUCCAGCUUAGCAUCAACAGCACUACAUUGAGUCCAGAAGAUGCUGCAUUUUCUUACAGACAAACCAUUCUGCGUGGGCUGGCUCCGUAUCGCAGAUAUGAAGUGAGAGUGGAGGCCUGCACGUUGCUGGGCUGCUCCUCCAGUGACUGGUCCUCAGUACUCACGCUGGAGGCUCCCCCUGCUGGACAGCCGGCGCCUCUUUUAGACCUCCAACCUGAUGAACAGACAGGCCUGCAGACAAGCUUUCUUCUCAUCUGGUCCCCUCCGGUUCAGCCAAAUGGAAGAAUUUUGCAUUACGAGGUGCAUCGCAAGACGAACCUAAAAACAGACAUCAAGAAAACUGAAGCAGCAACAGUUGUGUACAGAAAUGUGUCUACUUCAUACAAGGACAACAGACUCCAGCCUUACACUGUGUACCAGUACCAGGUGUGGGCAGUGAAUUCAGCUGGUUAUUCUGCCAGUCCGUGGGUCAGUGGGAGGACUGGUCCUGCCCCGCCCGAAGCUGUCGACCCGCCUGUUUUUCUGCAAGUUUCAGCGACCUCCACUGUAGUGGAGAUCCAUCCUCCAGCCCAACCCAAUGGGAUUGUUAGUCUUUACAGAGUGUUCUCACUGGACCACAACAACCGUACUCUGCUCUCAGAGGGAACGUCCCUUCAGCAGACCCUCCAUGGUUUACGCCCGUACACUCAGUACUGGGUAGGAGUUGAGGCCUGCACCUGUUAUCAGUGUUGUAGCCAGGGUCCCCUCAAACAGCUCUACACCCUCGCUGCCGCCCCAGCCAACCAGCCCCCUCCUCGAAUUGUCACGUUAACCUCCCGUUCUGUUCAGCUGGAAUGGGACGAGCCUUUAGCACCCAACGGAGUCAUCGACAGUUGGGAGCUUCAUCUCCGGUCGCCUUGCCCUCAACCCCCCCAGCCCAUACUCCUACCUUGUGAAGAAGGACCAAUACAAAUCGUAUUCUUUGGCAAACAGCGAAGCUACAACGUUACAGGUCUCCGACCGUACUCCACCUACAAGCUGAGAGCUGCCUGCUUCAAUAACAUGGGCAGCACUGCCUCCAACUGGACAACUGUUAGCACUCUCAGCGAAGCUCCUCAGUACGUGUCUCCCUUCCUAGUGGACAGUAACCUGACAGUGAUUUGGCUGGACUGGACUGAGACCUUUUCCAUCAACGGGUACCUGAAGGAGUUCUCUGUGACAGAGAGCCAGCUGAGGGUGUACACUGGCUUCUACAGCUACCUUUAUAUUCCACGCACCUCCCAGAAAACUCUGUCUUUUCAGGUGACUUGUACCACAGACUGCGGCAGUGCCAGCACUCCCACCAUCAGAUACAGCCCUGCCACUGGCCUAGGUCCUCUGGAGCCUGUUGAUAAUAGUAAGCAGGGUGUCAGCAUGUCAACCCCCCCUGUUUACUCUGAACUCUGGUUCAUCUUACUGUUUGUCCUGCUGGGUCUAUUUCUGCUCGCCAUUCUGAUGGGCUUAGUUCUAAAAAGAGCCUUGAGGAAGAAUCCUUCAGCCAGGGAGCGCCCUCCUCUGGUCAUGCUUCAGAAGAGCAGAAAAUCUGGAGGAGAGUCGUACACGGUGAGAGGCAGAGAGAGGAGCAGCUGCACAGACAAACGGAAGUUUGACACUGUAGCAGACUGUGUUGAGAUCAGCAGCGUUAUUCUUAAAAGCUACACUGUGUACACAGAGGGUCUGACAGACACAAAGGUUGGCGGCAGCUCCCACUUCAGCCCCAUGUCUGUCCUGCGGGCUCCCAAUCCCACAGACCUCAGUGAGGCCUACUCCCAGCAUUCCCUGCACCGCAGCGUCAGCCAGCUGAUCGACAGGAAGUCACUAAUGAUGGAGGAAGGAUGCUGGGACAACCCAAUGGGACAUGAUUCUGGACUGUACGUGGAGGAAGAUGAGUUUGUGGACGCCAUCAAGACCUUAAGUUCUGUGAAGAAAGAGCAUGCCGUGUUCAUCGACACUCAGCUCUAGGAUGGGACUCAGGUACCCCUGUCACCUUGCAGAGCAGGUUUUUACCCGGGACACUGAAACACAGACACUCUUUGGUGUCAUUUUAUUCUAGUCCUCAUGUGUUUGACUCUUCUUAGAGCCCAGCUGUCCUGACUUCUGUAGAUGCAGGGUUAUUGAUGUUUCAUAUGGACACUGUCUGCUACAGUUGUGACACUUGUGACGUAAAAACUUGCAGGAUAUUUACACCGUAGCUUACAUUCAUCUGGAUCUGGUAAUUAUACAGUAUAUAUUUCAUGAAACAGAUCAAUAUUAUGAAUGUUUUAACGCAUCUCAAUAAUCCAGGUAGAAAAUCUAAAAAAGGUUUAGUAGGUCCUCUGGACAGGUUGUUCUUUGUUGAAAAAACGUUUCGUCUCGCCUCCAAGAGACUUACUCAACUUUUUAAAAAUUAUUAUGAAUAUUAUGUGAGCAUUAGUAUUUAUUGCCAACUGUUUUUAAUGUAGUGAUUGUGAAAAAUAAAAGUAUAUCAACUGUAGCAGAUUUGUUUAGCUGUUUCCAAACCAGUUCUGAAAUGUUUAUCUAUCACUUCCUCAUCUCAUAACUGUGCCUAGAAAGUUAAUAUGUUAUUAGCAGUAAUAGGCCUUUAAUUGUAAAUGACACACGGCCUUCAUUAUAGUGUUACUGAAUACUAUGCCAAUUGUUUUUAUUUUAUACAUGACUGAGAAAUACAGAUGUGCUGUCUGAUUGUUGUGAUUACUACAGGCUGAAACUUGAAAGGCCAGUGUGAGAUUGUGUUUUACUUUGUUGUGGACUUACUGUUUACUGCAUUAUUUUGGAAAAGAAAUGGUUGAUGGUGACUUACAGAUUAUUGUUGGCCCUAUUGUUGUUCUUCUGUUGUUUACAGUGACCGUCUUUCUCCUUGUUACAAUCUUUAGUUUCAUUUAGAAAAAAAAGCUGAUCAUGUUUAGAUUCCCCAAUCUGGGUCCAGAAACAUUAUUUAUUAGUGAGAGAUGUUGAUGGGUUGUUUUGAUUAUCGAUGUUUGCGGUUUUCAUUUUUUUUACACUGACAGUAUUAUUUGUGAUUUUAUGUUCUUAUUUAUAGAUAACAGUUGGAUGUUUGUUUAUUUUAUGUGAAAUUAUUAAAGAAGUGUCUUAAGCAUUUA